UAUUUUGAAGUAGACUUCAGUUUCUUUACGUCAUUUCUGUAUUCACUUUUUAAAAUUCUUUCAUAACCCUAUCGAGUGUUUUGUAACUAAAUUAACAUGGCUCAAAUUAACCACCCAGUUCCUGUGGAAGUCACAUAUAAGAACAUGAGAUUUCUUAUUACACACAGUCCAACCAAUGUGACCUUAAACAAAUUUAUAGAGGAAUUUAAGAAAUAUGGAGUUACCACAAUAGUAAGAGUAUGUGAAGCAACUUACGACACUGCUCUUGUGGAAAAAGAAGGCAUUCAUGUUCAGAUUGUUGAUGACUGGUUAAGUCUUGUAAAAAUUAAGAUUCGUGAAGAACCUGGUUGUUGCAUUGCUGUUCAUUGUGUUGUGGGUCUUGGGAUAGCUCCAGUGCUUGUUGCCUUAGCAUUAAUUGAAGGUGGAAUGAAAUACAAAGAUGCAGUACAGUUCAUAAGACAAAAGUGGUGUGGAGCUUUUAACAGCAAACAACUUUUGUAUUUGGAGAAGUAUCGUCCUUAA